GCCCCCUUGUGAGCAGCAGACCGGCCUGGUGGCUGGCAGCAGGACCCCCUCGCCUGCAUGCUGAAGAAGAUGGGUGAGGCCGUGGCCAGAGUUGCAAGAAAGGUCAACGAGACUGUGGAGAGCGGCUCUGAUACCCUGGAUGUCCACGUGUACCUACAUAGACUGCCGUCUGAGUCCCUGCAACAUUUUAAGGCUGUCCAUCUAUCCUAUGAGCUGUAUCAGCGUCUUCCUGUUCCCCGUCCUUCUCUGCCUGCUUACCCCCGGCCCCCAACCUGUCCUCUCUCCUCAACAGAUGUACCUGUGGAGAAGCUGGCUGCCAUGCCCGCCUUGCGCAGCAUCAACCUCCGCUUCAACCCCCUGAGUGCUGAGGUGCGCGUCAUCGCUCCGCCACUCAUCAAGUUUGACAUGCUCAUGUCUCCUGAGGGCGCCCGGGCCCCCCCACCUUAGGCCUCGCUCCUCAUGCCCACCCAGCAGGGGACAGAGGCCACCUGGGCUGGCACCCUGAGGGGAGGGAGUCCCACAGGCCCCUGGGAGGCCAAGCCUGGGGGGCUGGGGGUGGGUGGGCCAAAGAGCAUGUGGUGGGAGGGGGCGCAGCUGGUCCAGGAUAGAUAGCUUAGAGCAGUAGUGGGCCCUGGAUGCCCAGGAGGCGGAGGUGAGGUGGGGCUGGAGCCUGGACGCUGGGCACUCACAGCUUCCAUGCACAUUUGGGCAGACGCCCACCCUCUCCGAGCCUUGUUAUUUGGGAAGAGGGGCAGUGGUGGGGGGCCUCUGCCUCCUUUGAGCUCCUUGGAGGCUCUUUGGGCAACACAUGCCUUCAAGUUACCCUCACAUCAUCAGGCACCUUCCGAGCCCACAGAUGGCCAUCACCGAGCUCUUUCUGGGCCACUGUGGGUUUGAGGCCUUGUUGCUGGUGUUGAGAGCCAGCCGCUUCCCUGAGAGGAACAGGAGACAGCCUCCAGCUGUUCAUUGCUUCCUGAGGACCGACCUGCAGGAGGCCCUCUACGGGGCCCCAGCCUCAGCCCUGUGGGUCUCUGGAUUGGCAGGAGCCUGAACCAGGAGUCAUGGGAAAGCUGUGGAGACAGUGCGGCCCUGUGCGCUGGCCGGGGCUGAGAACGUUUAUUAGGAGCCCAAGGCCCAUCAGGUCAGCUCGGUCCUUCCUCGUGAUGAAGACUUCAGCGGGGUAGGAAGUUCCCAGUGCGCCUCAGGACAGACCAGGUGUGCCUGGCAUCAGCCCUUGAGCCGCAGAGAGGUGGCCCAAGAGAAGCAAAGCCAGUCGUGUCCGUGGCUCUGGUACAAGGUAAUUGCCUACCACCACGGUCUGUGGCUGCCUCGUCACUGGUCCACCUGGGGGCAGAAGGCACUUUGGACCAUUGGAUUUGUGGCUGCCCAGCUCCCACGCCUCCACCCAAAAGCCCUGAUGGCCUAGUCAUUUCUGGGCCCUCCACCUGGAGUCUAGGAUGUGGCCAAGCCGUAGGGCUGGGACUGAGGGCUUGCCCGGGACAUGGGACUGCAGUGCUCCCACUGGGACAGUACCUGGCAAACAGGGACAACUGAUUUCCUACCAGGGAAGGGCCUGGGGCUCUUGCUUUCUGAUAAUAUCUGUGGUGUGGAGAACUCCUGACUCCUGACCUCUUGAUGCCCUAGGUAUCCACCUCCCACCUUCUCAUCUGUGGAGCAAGCAGACUCAGAGCCCAGAGCCCACCUGGCCUGGCCCUUUGUCUUGGUCUGUGGAAGAUACCUGAGACCCCAGGACGUGGGGCAGGCCAGGCCAGGCCAUCCAAACCUACAUCCACGCACCGGUAGCCUCUCUUCCACUCCCAGGGUUAAGCUUCUCCAGCCCAGACCCUCAUUCUCAGAAUGCUGUGUUCCUUCUCCCCUCCCCGGCCCUGGGGCCUGCCCCUGCCCAGGCCCCCUGUCUCCUGGCAAGGACUGACAGGUUGGACCAUUGUUGGCCCAUCACUGAGUGCUCAGUGUCUCAAGAGAUGCUGUGUUUAGUUGCUUAUGUCAUAAGGCCUGGUUCACCAAGCUCUGGGAAAGGGGUUUGCAGGUCAAGGAGGUCCGGAUGGAUCUUCAGGGCUGCAGGGCUCAGCUGUGGACAAGUGGGAACUAUGGCCCAGGCCAGGCUGGCCUGGCCCCACCCACUCUGUGUCCCAGAGUCAAAGAAGAAGUGCACUUUUCUGAUAGGCACAAAGGCACUGUGUGGCCAAAGCCGUGCAGUUCAGAGUCUGGUCUGUGGACGAGCAGCACGGGCAUCCCUGGGACUUAUUAGAAAUGCAGAAUCCCAGGCCCCAGCCAAGGCCUCCAGAAUCAGAACCCGCAUUUCAACAAGAUCCCUAGGUGAUUCCUAUAAGCACUUUACCGUUUGAGAAGCCAGGGUCUAGGGGUGACCCUGGGGUUGUCCUUGGAGUGGAGGGUGGAGGUUCUUAGCCCUCCCCCUGCUACUCCAGGUUUCUGAGCCUGUGCUCACCCCCCUCCCUAAGCCAGCCCUGGGACACCCCGGGGCUCUUAGAUCUUUUCAGAGUCUGCGUGACUCUUGCAGCGAAGGGAAUGACCUGAAGUCACCAGAUGAGAGUUUGCCUGGCCCUCUGGACACUGCCUUUCUGGUUACCCUCUGCAUACCCCUCUGCAUACCCAGCUCCUGCUCCCCCACAUCCUCACGUCAGGCCCUUUGAAGGGGUUGUUGCUUCUGGAAGUUGUUUUCUCCUCUGCUCGGAGAGUUUGCCCUUGCCUGUGUGGGAAAGCCUGAGCCGUGAGAGAAGCCCCCAGAUCUGAGCCCACAGUGUAAAUGAGCCCUUACUUAGCUUCAGUCCGCAAUAAAGAACGCAUUGGUUUCAUCCGCC